AUGAUGUUUUGCCAAAAAUGCAGGACGCCGCUCAAGCUCGAUGGGUCGCUAGAUGAUCUCAACCCAGCUGCCUACGAUCUUCUCGUCACCACCUCCUCACAGCAGCAAGCCCCUAAGGAUCCGAUCUCGUCAUCAUCAUCAAGCGCUACGCAUGUCCACGACCAGAGCAGAAAGGCCGUAUAUGAAAAUGCGAUCAAGAACGCCAUUGGCUCGCCUACCUUCAAGAGGCGCAGCGACAUUAGCGGUUUGCGUGGGGAUAAGGCCAUGCGCGACAGCUCCAUGUCGUUUAUCCUGCUGGAGGAGUCUCAGAUUGCACCAUCGAGACAUGGAGCUGCCGGCCGCUCGUCGGGACCAGCCUCGCCCAACACAUCAAAGGGAUCAGCUGCCGCUACGGCUGCCGAUGAUGACGGCGCCAACGAGGCCAACCGCAUGCUGAGGCUAUUCGAGAUACUCUCUGCGCGCUCCGACAUCGACCACCCCGUCUGCGUCGAGUGCACUGACAUACUCGUCGAAGGACUGCGCAAGCGACUCGAGUCUGCGUCCAGGGAACGUAGCACCUAUGUCAACUUUCUCAAAAAGCUCGAGCUGGAAAGCCCAACCGACGAUGAAUUGAAGGCACAGGAGGAAGCUCUCGCCAGGGCAAAGGAGCAAGAGGCAGCGGCCCUCAAAGAGCUCGUUGCACUUGAAAAAGAAAAGGCCAGCUUGGACGACGAGAUUCUAGCUCUCGAGGAGGAAUCGCGGCAGAUGGACGCCGAGGAGGAACAGUUCUGGCGCGAACGCAACGCGUUUGCCUCGCAGCUGGCAGACUUCCAGAAUGAGCGUGAUAGCAUAAACUCCAAAUACGACCACGACGCGCGGCUGUUGCAAUCACUGCAGCGAACAAACGUGUAUAACGACACUUUCCUCAUCAGCCAUGACGGCACCUUUGCCACGAUUAACGGUCUGCGACUUGGCCGGCUGCAUAACACCCCGGUCGACUGGCCCGAGAUCAACGCAGCUUGGGGCCACGCACUUUUGCUAGUCGCCACGGUCGCCGACAAGCUACAGUACCGCUUCGACGGGUACGAGCCCCAGCCUAUGGGCUCCACGUCUCGGAUCAUCCGCUUCGAGCCCCCGUCGCCCGCAGCGUCCCGCGUAGGAUCUGGCCCGCCCCAGGCGCCCAAGAAAAAGGUCCUGGAGCUCUAUUCGUCCGGAGACAUGCCGCUCGGCCUAACGUUUAUGCACAGGAAGCUCGACGCCGCCAUGGUGGCAUACCUGGAGCUCGUGCGGCAGCUGGGCACGUUCAUGGUUCGCACUACCACGGCGAACGGGAAGCCGCUCACGCUCCCGUACGUCAUUGACGGCGACAAGAUCAACGGCAUCAGCAUAAAGCUGGGUAUAGCCCAGGACGAUGCUUGGACCAAGGCCUGCAAGUUCGUCCUCACUUGCUGCAAGUUUCUCCUCGCACAUGCUAGUAACAUUAGCACCAUGGCGAACGGGCGUGGCAAGGUUUUGGGCUCAAGCCCGACUUGA